AUGCCGGCUUUGACUGUGUCUGUUGUCUCGUUUCCUAGCAACCGCCGCGUGCAGCCUCUUGGGGCUAAAGCGGAGGGAGAAAGCAUGGUCGAGAUCCCCAAAUCCAGGGCCCUGUCCCCGACUUUGCCUCCCCCGCAGCCCGCCAUUUUCUAUGGGCCUGUGGAGCCAGGGAACCCGGUGGUCGACAGCUUCGAGAGGGACCUGGGCGCCUGCUUGAGCUUCUUGCGUCGGGAACGGGAAGCAAAGGACAGCUCCAGACAGCAAGAGCUGCACAGACGAGGAGCAACUACUUUGUUUAAUAUUUGGAAGAACUACAAACUUCGAUUUCCCAGUUGGUAUUACAAUGAAAAACUUGUGAAAGUUGGUGAUCAACUUGUGGAAAUGAAAGAAUAUAAGUUGGCACUUUCACAGUGCUAUGAGCAGUACCUUCAGGAAAUCAGUAGUGUCAAUAUCAACAAGCUUGGAUUUGAUGUGCAUCAAUUUAAGUCUUUCUUUUUCCCCAGUGGAUUUAGAGACCAAACUGCUGCACGUACAUUCCAUGUUUUGCAAGUGAGGAAUAUUUGCAUUUACAAAAUGGUAUGCGAUAAUGAUAUAGAUCUUCUGAAUCAGGAAUCUGUGAAGACAUGUUUCAGAAUCUUGUCCACAUUACAACUCAUCAUGCAGAUGAUUCUGCCACAUGAGCAUUUGUGUUGGCUUGUCUAUAAUGGUACUAUCCAUAUGUAUACCAUAUGUAGGCAUUUGAUGACCAUAGGUCAAUCUUCGAAGGUGCUUGAAUAUUUAUUAUGGGCCUGCGUUUGUAUGGAAUCAUCGGUUCCCCUUUUAGCUGUACACUAUUUGACAUGGAGAUCAACUCUAUAUGCUGCUGUUUGCCAGUGUUACUAUGACUGCCAUUCUGGCAUGUAUGGAGAGAUAUUUGCACGCCGUGGUUUGGUUAAAAUUGAUGAGUUAAAGCAAAUGGAAAAUAUGAGUUCAUCAGCACUAAGCAUGGAAACAAAGAAAAAAUUCAAAGAAGCAACUGUGAAGAUGGCAGCAAUGAUCUUUAAAAGAUCAGCAUUUGAACCCAGAAGAAGACCAAAGGGGCUUUUUCGACCAAGAAUGAAAGCUAAUCUAAAAGAUUCACAACACCUUCCUUGGCCUCGAACCAUCACAGAACGGCUGCUGAUGGAGAUGUUUGAUUGUAAUUCAUCUCAUUUUUUUGCCAUCCUGGAAGCCCUGUUUGAUAGAAAUAGGCGGACACUGAUCCCUAGCCCUCCUGUUCCUGAUGAACAGGAAGUUCGUGAUGUUGUUUCAGAGCUUUUUUUUGCAGGCAUGGAUAUUCUUGAUGGUGGUGGCAUGAAUGUACAAGGCAGCAUACCCGCUGAUGUUUCUUGUGUUAUAACUGCAAAAUCGACACUUAUGCAGCAGAUAUUAGCAGGGAAGAAUGGUAUUUCCGGGGAUGCUGCCUUGAGGUUUCUUAAGCUGGCUUUCAGCUAUGAGGAGUGGGAUUACUUUGAUCAUGUAUCUGUACUGUUUUUUUCUUUCCUUCAGAGUCAAAGUAGCCCAAAAUGGAAGGAAGCAGAAGCAGAACUCAAACUGCUUCUUGUAAUGCAGCCUCUAGUAUCUAUAAGAAGACCAAGGCAUGGCUUGUGUAUUCAAGGAAACUAUCUCAGAGAAACAAGUGUUUUUCGUACUCCAGGAAAAAAAUCCAUUGCAUUUCAAGAAGGAACAGUACAAACAGGAAAGACUACUGAUGAACUUUUUAUGUUGGCAAGAACUCUUUAUUUCUGCAUCUGUACGUCUAAAGAGGUUCUCCUGCCAGACAGAGAAAUGACAAUAGAUGCAACAAUGUUUUUGUGGCAAAGGUGUAAAGUUGGGAUUCAGAGGAUCCAAAUGAGUGGAAGCAACUUCUUAAAGUUUAUUCAUAAAUACCAGACGCCCAAGUGGCUUCAUAUACUUUAUAUAAUUAAUGAAGUAAUUCAUGCCAUCAAUCUUGGAGACACUAAUACUGUGGUAAUGGCAGAAGUUGCAUUACGGCUAACUUCAGUGAUAGAGAAUACUGCAGAUUUCACAAUCAAAUGUGGAACCACAUCAGUGCUAACAGAAAAAAAUGACUCCGUAUUGAUUUCAGAAUACAGUAUUGAUGGUAUGCCUUCAUUAAUACAGAAAUCUCCGCCAGAACAGUUAUAUUUGGCUUUUGAGUAUCUGGAUAGAGCAAUUAAUGCAAUGAACCGUGCUCGUCAAGUUAUUCUUUUACCUGAUGGUGCAUCAGUGAUUGAUUACUGCUGCAAAAAGAAUUUGAAUAAAUGUGACACCAAUGAGAAAUCUGUAAUAGGAAACAAUUUUAUAAUAGAUUUACACAUUGAACUUAUUCAGGCUCAGCAUCGAGUAGCUGUUAAACUACUUAAUUUGACACAAGGCAUUCAUACUGAUGGCAAAAAUAUUAAAUUAAAGGUCGCUGCAAAAGAUAUAAAUCAGCGCAAACAUUUAACAGAACCAGAUGUAAUGAAUAAAAUAAAAAAGAAUAAAUUGUCCAGAGCUCUCUUCUUGAUGCAGAAGGCCACAUUGAUGCUUCCAGUAGGAUUAGCCAAUUCGUCCCCAAACCAGCUUCUUGAGGAAGCACUUAUACUAAUUCAGAAAGCAGAAGCUGAACAAAAUACAUUACGUGCUGCUUUUCCACAAUCUGCAAGUAGUGUGAAAAGCAAAGUUCCACCUCCUCCUAUAUUGCUUUCCAGAUCACAUUGUUCCAUGGCAUUUAAACCAGCACCAUUUGCUUCAGAUGUGAAGGUUUCAUGGUACAGUAUUUUUGGAUGUGUAGCCAAAGGAUGUAAUCCAAAAGUCCGGUUAAAUCAUUAUAAUCUUAAGAACACAGCAGAAGUGGUAUCAUUUAAUGAAACUUGCAUCUUAGAAGUAGAGGAUUUAGAGCCCAACCAGAAGUAUAUAUUUGCAGUUGCAGCAUAUGACUCAGAUGGAAAACUUAUUGGUGACUGCAUUGGAGAAACAACUAAGCCAAUUCUUGCAUAUUCUCCUCUUUCUGCUGCUACUGUCCGAGCAUACCUAAUUCAGUCUGCUUUUCAGAUUGAAUACUAUGCCUUAUCUAAGAAGGCAUUUCAACCACUCUGGGACCAUUUUGUCUCGGUACAGCUGAUUCCUGAUGCCACGGUUGUUUUUGUAAGCAGCACACUGGCUGUUCCUCAGAACAGAUUAAUUCCUGAAGCUUUAUCUCGGGCGUCUCCAAACCUCUUAUACCUGUUCAUCAGGAGCAUUUUUAUUAUCAGUGACAUCAGUGUGAUUGAAGGAGCUCUCUUCUGUGAUUCUGUUUGUUUCAAUGAGCUAAGAUAUAGUAGACAGGUUGCUAGAAUAGCUGAAUGUGGGCGGAUGCUAGUGGCACUUGAACUCAGUAACUGGUUAAAUGAUGUACAUUAUGCCCUACAGUCAGUUGUUCAUUGUUAUGGUCUUAUAUCUCCCCUGGUCUAUCACAAGAUUCCUUCAAAACCAGUCAUUCAGAUUAUCAUUAAGUUUCUCACUGUUCUUCAAGAAAUCCCAUCUAUUACAUUGCAAAGAAGAUCAACAGCAUGCUAUGAGAGCAUUCAGCAUAUGAUAGCUUGUUCUUGUUUUUUCACAGUAAAGGUGCUGCGCUCAUGGAAAGAAUAUGAAUUAGCAAUAGUUGUUGUUAACUAUGGAAAAAGGUUGCUGGAUUCCUCACAGACAGCAUCUCAAAUGGCUAUAACUGGAGAAGGAGUAGAUGAAGUAGUAGAAGAAGAGACUCCUUCCAAAAGGUUGAGGGCACAAAUAGCUGCAGCUGAAAAAGUAAAUGAGAACUUAGAAGCUCUGGAAACCAACCUGCUCAAACUGACAAAACCAGGACAGGAUCUGACAGGAGAAGAAGAUGUUUUGCUCUUGUAUCCUAUAGUUUCAAACUGGCAAACAAAGACUGCUUAUAAGGAAGUGCUGAAAUUCAAGAAGAGUCCUCACUUCCUUGAAUAUUUUGUUAAGCUUGUGUACAAAGCACUAAAUGAAGAGAAAUUAAUCCGAAUAUUAGAAUGGACUGAUGAAGUACAAGACUAUCUUAAAAAACGGAAUAGAUUCCUUCUGGGUAUCAAGCGAACUGCCAAAAAAAGGAGAAAAGGUCGUACAUCUGCAGAUGCAAGGAAGUCUGCAACACAGGAUGUUCGUAAGAUGUCAGCAUCACCAACACUCAAGAAAAUAUCAAAACCAAAGAUUUCUAAGAAAAAAGAACAAACUAGACAUUCCACUAAAUAUCAGGGCGUGGGCAGAACAUCUGAUCUACAAAGGAGAGAAAAAGAAGAAUCACGAAAAAUAGCUUUUCAAGUGCUGAUACAAAAGCUGAAUUUACGUUCUAAUGUCUACAUAAAACGAAGGAGGUUCCGUCGGGUGUACACUGAAGAAAUGCCAUGGCGAUCUCAGCUGAAUCUGUACCUGGCAAUUGUCCACUUCAAUUUGUUUAAAAAACGGAUAGAAGAGUUGUAUAAUAUUGACAUUAAUUCUCUACAAAAUCUGAACAGUUACCAUGAACUGGAUCCUGAAAUAUUCUCAUUAAUUAAUUCAGGCACCAUAGUGGUGACAGCAACCACAGAGGAGCAAAUGAAGACUUUUAAGCCUCCAUUUUUUAAAAGAACACUAUCUGGAAAGAUCCGGAAAAAAAAUGACACACUUGACCCAACUUCCCCUGUCUUCGACUCCAGUCCUUCCAUGCCUGCUUCUGACCCCACAUUACAGAGUGCUUCUUCAGAUGCUGUUUCCAGCUUAAACCUACUUGACCACAGUAAUUGCCUCACCCCUGAAACUGAUGCCACAAUGGAGCCCACUGAUCUGACCCAGUUGUCAUCUUCUGCUGCAGAUUCAGACCCAGAUGUCUUUUUUGAGCACAGCAUUAAGAUGAAUGAAAAAGACACCCCACGACUACCCCAAGGAUAUGUUACUAUCAAAGAACGUGAAAGAGCUCAGUGUUAUACAGCUAUGCUGGACAAUUUUGCUAAAAUCUUUCUACAUUUUAGAAGAGCUGUGGUGUUUGCUCAUCGUGGUGGCCACUGGACAUUGCUUCAGAAUGUGUGCCGAGACCUUUGGAACUAUACUCAGGAAGUACAGUCAAUUAUUAGACAUUCACAGUCUUUUCAUGAACCAUUUCCUAUUACCAAGGAGUUUUUUCAUGACACCAUUUGGCUACCAUACUACAUGGCAUCAGAUAUGUUGCUUGAUAUGGUUGUUGAUCUCCAGGCUAGUAAUUCUGUUAAGAUUAUUGAACCUGAAGGCGAUUUCUGUGUUCCAAGUUGUGUAGGAGGCAUUGCUGAUGAUGAAGGUGGUUCUAAUUUUUCAUUUGAAUAUCCAUUUGAUGAUAUCAAUGUUGUCGAUUUGCAAGGAGUACAUAAAUUGGUUCUGCGAACACUUGAGCUUCUAUUUUUUUUGAAGAAGUGGGAAUCAUUAAUAUACAUAGCUAUGCAGUUUAACACAAUUACACACGAGAGGUAUACAGAGCAAGUGACUUCACUGUUGGUGUUUGCUCAGAGACAACUGCAAGAAAGAAUACAAUUCAGUGACUCUGAUAGCCCACAGCCUUGUUUCAAAUAUCUUGUUACUAAUCGUGGAAGCAAGGUGUGUUGCAGAGAUUUUGUUGCGAUAAAGCUGCAUGCUGCUGCCAAAUGUAGUGAAACAACUGAUGAGCAUGAUUUUGAUAGUUCAGAUAUGAAUCAAGGACGAACACGGGUUUCUGUUCCUCUGGAUGUGGCAGAUACAUUGAAAUGUUUCAGUGAAAGCCUUGAAAAAGCAAAAUACCACAGUAGAUCUCUUAAAUAUAGCAGGAAAUUGCUUGCAUUAUUUCUUGCUUACGCACAAGAUUAUUGUGGAAGAUUAGACGCAACAACAAACCAGAUGAGUUCACAUGGAAGAGUGGAAUUUAUGGUGGGCGCCGAGUUGACAUAUCUACCAGAACCACCUGAUCUUUCUGAAGAAAGUUUUACUUGCCUCAGUUUGGUUCAAAGCAACUCUAUCCCCCGGUCAAAACUGUCAGUAGUCAUCUCUUCAUAUGAGCGAACUCUUGAGGUUCUUCAAACAACUAAUCAGCAAGACCUCAGGGUACAGGCUUUCCAUGAACUUGGAAAUCUUCACUCUUAUACAGGAAACAAAAGAGCUGCUUUCAAAUGUUGGUGUCAAGGCCUUGAUGGAGCCCUCAAAAUAGUUGAUGCACUUAAUCACUGGCAGGAGUUACAUGGCUUGUCAGAGAAUGCCACUGGCAAAUUGGCAAAUAUAUCUCUAGGUUACUGUGAGAAAUUUGUUUCUCAGGCUGGAAUUUGGGGUUGCCUACAAGGAGCAGUCUUAGCAGCUAAAAUAGCUCAGCACAUAUUGUUGUAUGAUGUGAAAUUAAGAACCAAAGCUUGCAUUUUAUCUGCUGUUCUCUUCAAGUCCCUUUUUAGAGCUUCACUACCACAUCCUAAAGCUGAUUGUGACUUUGUACGAUAUGAAACAGAUAUAUUAAUUCCUGGCAUUGAUCUGUUUAUGGAUUACUACAGAGCUGAUAUUGCAACAGUUGUUGCAAGUCUGAAAUUUGUUAUAUAUGAAUUGCAUUGUAACAAGCAAAAUCUAAUAAUUUUGCCACUAUUCACACUGUAUCAGUACUUUGUUUCUGAAAUUUGUCGUAAUGCAAUUAAAUGUAUUGAAGGAAGGAUUCUCAAGAUUAAAGUGCUUACAGAUUUAGGAUUUUUCUCUGAUGCUUUCCAUGAGCUAUGUAUUCUUAACCGUGGAGAGAAAAUCCCCUGGAAACUACCUUCCAUCUACAAGCUUACUCCAAAACUUCCGGUCUCUCCUACUUUUGAUUCUUCACAACUACUCCUGACAAAUAUGAAUCUACAGGCAUUAGAAGAUGUAUUUAACAGGCCUAUACAUUCAGCCUGGACUGCACUAUGUGAACCACGCAUCUUAGAUGAGUUCAUGCUAGUCAAAAUGCAUUUCAUUAUUUGCCUAUCUGCAACAUUAAAUUGUGUUCCUGAAAAAGUGAUGAAAGCAACGUAUUGCCUGGACAGUGAAACCUUAAGAAAAUCAGGGAAAAACACAGAUGCAUACUUAAAAGGUUUUGUAACAAUUCCUGCAAGUGGAAAGCGAGACACAAUUUUCAUGAUUGUGGAGCUUGAAAAAAACAAAGAUACCUUAACUAUGGCCAUACUAAAGGGGAUUUUAUUGGCAGAAGCUGAAGAAAGGAUUAAUUUAAUUCUCGAAAUUGUACAAAAUAAAUAUGGCACAUUGCUUUAUGAAUGUUCAGCUGCCGAACUAGAAACUGUCAUUGAAGCUAAGCUUCAGCUUGCAGCUAUUGCUCAACAAAGACUACAGACAGCAUUCAGUGCUGCUUUGGCCUUUUCUGCAAUAAAACUUCUUCAAGAUGCAACAGUUUUCAAGACAUCAUCCAAUUUACCACAAAAUACAGUGAAAAUAGAUCAGGCAAGUGAUGAAUCAAUUUAUAUUGAGGAUUCCAAUCUGCCUCACAAUGUAAUAGCACGGAAACGUAUGAAUAUACAUUUAUGGCUGAGAUGUCGUUUGGCAUUAGUGACUGCAGUGAUAGCACAGGCAAGAGGCAUUGAAACAAUGAAAGAAAAUGAAUUGAAGGAGUGCUCAUGUCUGAUCAGUGAGGUACAAAUGGAAGCAGAGGCAUUCAAUGAUGUUGAGACGCUUGCUGAAAUUACAAUGCAAGCUGUUAUGCUUGGCCUGCAAGAGGGACAACCAGUGGCUGACAUUAAGAUUUGUUUACAGAAUAUAAUCAGGUUACUUGAAGAAAAGACACUGAUUUCUCCACCAGCAUCUUUAACACUAGUGCAAAGUAUGCUUCUGCUAGCUGACAUAAUGAGAACACAAGCAGGGGAUGAUUCAAAUGAUCACACUUCUAAAACUGAUCAACUGAAUUUAUUAAUUACGGCACACACACUUGUCAUUCAACAGUUAUUUAUUUUGGGACAAUUACUUGAACAACGUACAGAAGACCCUACACUGACAACGCUAAUGGAGCCUUUGAAAAAUAUAUACCUGCCACAUAUCAGAUUACUGGCAAAAGUCAAACUGAGAAUUGGACACACAUUAACUCUAGAAUUAUCUUGCACAUCUAAACCACAAAGUGAGUUCCAAUGGCUAAAAGCCCUAAAGCACAUAGAAACAGCACUGGACCUUUGUGCAUCAUCAGUAAGACGAGAGUUAGAUUUGGAAGCAGAACUUCUUUUUCGUAAAGGGAAGAUAGAGCGACAGAUUGAUUGUCUUGGUGGUAAUAAAUCAAUAGUAGCUGUUGAAAGUUUGCUGGAUGCUGUAAAUUUAAGUCUGAGUAGUUACCAAAAUUAUGGAUUGAUAAGAAAAUCAUACAUGGAGGUAGCAUUGCUAUAUUUUUAUUUAAUUACAAACAAGGAGGAGUCUCCAACAUCUGGCACACUAAAGGGAAGAACAUUUAAACCAAGGCCCGCCAGCAGACACCGUGUUAGCUCAGAGGAAAUUACAGCCCUGGAAAUGUACAGAGUGCAGGCCUGGAUUGCAAUACGAGCUGCUGCACAGGUCAGUGAAGCAAUUCUAACUUCCCAGCAAUUAAUUGGAAAGAAGGCUGUUAAAUUGUAUCAAGUGAGACACAGAAUACUACAAAACAUGCCAGAAUUUGCUCUUCUGGAUCUCAGUUCUUCCUACAAGGACUUUUUGUCUGAAGGAUAUGAAGUUUGCUAUAAAGUUCCUGUGAUGUCUUUUGCACAAGAAGAUAAAUCAGAAAGUGAUGGAGCUGAAAGUGCUACUUCUGAAGAAAGUCAGGGCAAAUUGAAGAUACCUUGGGUCCAUGUAAUUCGCUACAAUACUUACUUAACCAGACACUUGAACCUGAGCCCUCUGUUCGCUAUUCCAAAAGCAGGUGAAGGCUUAUUUGCUAAAGAAGAUGUGCUGUUCACUUCAGUGUUUGACACAACAGUUACCCUGCGCUUAGCACAACUGCAUUCAUUCUUAAAAGCCUAUUUGCCUAUAUAUACUGGCUGCUGCCUUCAAGAGCCUCCAAAACAACUAUAUGAUUUUGAAAAACCUUGCUUUAGCAUGACUGUUCUUGGAAAGUCAACCACAGAAUCACUUAUAGUGUCACCACACAGAAUACCAUCAUGGAAGGUACCUUCCAGUGUUACUUGUAGCUCUGAGAUGGACAUUCAUUCAGACAACAAAGCAACCAGUACUCCAAUCAGGGAACUCUGUGUGCAGUGGUAUCUUCCAUCUUUGGAAAGGUCAUCAAAAGAAGGCGAGACUAUGGUUUUGUUUAUUUUUGCUUACAAUACAAAAGCGGUCAAAAUUACCAACAUCAAGUCUUUCAAUUCAGCCAAUGUAUAUUGUGGUUAUUUGUGGAUCCCACUGAACAGUGUUAUUGGUGUACGUGAAAAGUUGUCUGAUCUGAAGCUACAAAUUGAAAUGUUAAUGCAAACAGUGAAGACUUCUCAGGCAGAAAGAGAAACACAAAGACAUUUACCUUCAACAGGAUCCAUAAAAAGCACAGCAAAGGUGCCACUAGAUGAAAAAACAAAGGAAAUGGUCAAACAGUGUUUCUCUGAAAUAAAAGCCUUGUUGUCUGUUGGCCCAAAUCAGCCUCCACCACUCACAGAAAUCCCAUUUGACAUCACUUUACCAGCAAUAAAGAAUUUAAGGAAAUUAUUUGAGCCAGCUAAUGGGUGUGUGAUAAUAGCAGGAAGUGUUUUCAACUGGAUAGUAUCUUUGCUCGCUUGAGUGAACUUUGGAGAGUAAAACUGACAUUCAUUUACGCUACACAGAGCUGACCAUUUGUGGAGUAAUAUUCUGUCAUACUGAAGCCAGUUGUAAAUUCCCUAUUGCAUGAGACAGAGAGUUAGUCCCUAAUUGUCUCUGGAACUGAUAAAAUAUUUGAAGCAUUAGUACUUUAAAAAACAUACAUGUUAUGUUGUUCUUUGUGACUUUUAAGUAGUAGUAUUCUAUAUUCAGAUUUAAUUUCCUGUUAACUUUUUGGUUUAAGAUAUUUAAAUCAUUUUACUCCACAAACAGCAUGAUUUCUAUUUCAUUAUUUUUGUUUUUCAAAUAGAACUAAAAUUAAGAUUUUUGCUUCUUUGAUUUUUACUGGCUUUAUAACCCUUUCCUAGCUGGAGCACUUAGAACACUUUCCCUUAAAGCUACCUAAUAAAUUAAAUAUUGUUUUUCUAUUUGUCUUAACUGCUUAGAAGUAAUGUUCUAGAAUGAGAAAUGAUGUUCUUAAAUUAGC